AUGGGCCGUGCUGAGCCAGCCCCGGGUCACGUGUUCGACCCGUUUAGGAAGCCGCCGUUCUCUGGGCAGGUUCAGAUGGACGACUCCGCUAUCAUAGGGUCCCGCUUCACGAUUCGCGAUCAAGAUAUCCGCAUACCACGAACAAACGUCGUUCCUGUCACCCAGUCAUUCUCACGAUCAAGUUUCUGUACCACGUAUAUCGCCAAGAAAAGUAACGCACGGACCCUUUUCGCGGCAAUGUCAUCGGUCAAAAUUCAUCCUCCCAAGAAGGGCUCGUCAGCUUCAGAUAGCCCAUUGCCCCCGCUCAUCAAGACACCCUCUGGACUCGCGCUGCUUGAGAUGCAAGGAACCGUCAACGUACCUCACUUCAACCCCGACGAGGCCCCCAGCAAAAAGGAGCCUGAGAUCUCCAUUGGCAAAGUGAUCUUCCCUGAUUAUCACCCCGAAACGCAGGACGAGGGCAGCACGGCCUGGAUGAAGCGCGUCUUCCUCUAUGUCGGCCAGCAUCAGAGACUACAGGGCGAAGUGAAGAAGCUUCCGAAGGCCAUGGCCAUCAUUCGGCGGAGGGGGGACGCCGCCACUGGCGGUGAAGGAGAGGCUGAGGAGGAGCUUGAGAUUGCGGAGAUCGUUAAGUACAAGAUCAUGUUUGGAAACCGGCCUGAGCCCGUUGGUACGGAAAACACAUAG